UCCCAAACAUAAGCAACCCACAAUUAACCAAGAAUUCUCUUAAACACCCCUCUCCUAAUUGUUCUUUGAAGUUAAAAUGGCCAAUAUUAAGGCUUUCUCUUUGCUUUUGGCUUUCCUCGUCGUUUCCAUGCUUAUUGCAGACGUUUAUGCUGGAGUCAACUAUUACGGGAAUAACAGUUUGAAACCUUAUCAAUGUCAAGGACGUUGUACUCAGAGGUGCUCAAAGGCUAGAAAAACUCAUGAAUGCAUGUUCUUUUGCUUGAAGUGUUGCGCCACAUGCCUUUGCGUUCCACCAGGCACCUAUGGAAACAAAGAAGUCUGCCCUUGCUACAACAACUGGAAGACUAAGAGGGGAACUUCCAAGUGCCCUUAAUUUCAUUGCAUUUAGAGAUGGAAUAAAGCUCUAACAUUUACGUAUUACUG